GCCUCCCGGAAGCUCCACGUCAGUCAGUUGGUCAGUGUUCUGCCAGUGCCAGCGUCGACCCCGAGCCAGCGGGCCCCGGCACCCGGCAUCGAGCGAGGGAGUCCGGCACCGCUGAUGAGCCAUGCCUCUUAGACUUGAUAUCAAGAGGAAGCUCACUGCUCGAUCUGAUCGAGUCAAGAGUGUUGAUUUGCAUCCUACAGAGCCAUGGAUGUUGGCUAGUCUUUACAAUGGCAGUGUCUGUGUUUGGAAUCAUGAAACACAGACUCUGGUAAAGACAUUUGAAGUAUGUGAUCUUCCUGUUCGAGCAGCAAAGUUUGUUGCAAGAAAGAAUUGGGUGGUAACUGGAGCAGAUGAUAUGCAAAUUAGAGUCUUCAAUUAUAACACCUUGGAGAGAGUUCAUAUGUUUGAAGCACACUCAGACUAUAUUCGUUGUAUUGCUGUCCAUCCAACUCAGCCUUUCAUUCUAACCAGCAGUGAUGACAUGCUCAUUAAACUGUGGGAUUGGGAUAAAAAAUGGUCUUGCUCACAGGUGUUUGAAGGACAUACUCACUAUGUCAUGCAGAUUGUCAUAAAUCCUAAGGAUAAUAAUCAGUUUGCCAGUGCCUCUUUGGAUAGAACCAUCAAGGUAUGGCAGCUUGGAUCUUCCUCACCUAACUUUACUUUGGAGGGACAUGAGAAAGGCGUGAACUGCAUUGAUUACUAUAGUGGAGGUGACAAACCAUACCUCAUUUCAGGAGCAGAUGACCGCCUUGUUAAAAUAUGGGACUACCAGAAUAAAACAUGUGUACAAACACUAGAAGGGCAUGCUCAAAAUGUGUCUUGUGCCAGUUUUCAUCCUGAGUUGCCAAUCAUCAUCACAGGUUCAGAAGAUGGAACAGUUCGUAUUUGGCAUUCAAGCACCUACCGUUUGGAAAGUACAUUAAACUAUGGAAUGGAGAGGGUGUGGUGUGUGGCCAGUCUUAGGGGAUCCAAUAAUGUUGCUUUGGGAUAUGAUGAAGGCAGUAUCAUCGUUAAGCUUGGCCGAGAGGAACCUGCUAUGUCCAUGGAUGCCAAUGGAAAGAUUAUUUGGGCAAAACACUCUGAAGUCCAACAGGCCAAUCUAAAAGCAAUGGGAGAUACUGAAAUAAAAGAUGGAGAAAGAUUGCCCCUUGCAGUAAAAGACAUGGGAAGCUGUGAAAUAUAUCCUCAGACUAUUCAGCAUAAUCCUAAUGGACGAUUUGUUGUGGUGUGUGGUGAUGGUGAAUAUAUCAUCUAUACAGCAAUGGCGCUGAGAAAUAAGAGCUUUGGUUCAGCCCAGGAGUUUGCCUGGGCUCAUGAUUCUUCAGAAUAUGCAAUAAGAGAAAGCAAUAGUGUGGUAAAGAUAUUUAAGAACUUUAAAGAAAAGAAAUCAUUUAAACCUGAUUUUGGAGCUGAAGGUAUCUAUGGAGGUUUCUUAUUGGGAGUCAGAUCUGUAAAUGGCUUAGCAUUCUAUGACUGGGAAAACACCGAACUGAUACGCAGAAUUGAAAUUCAGCCCAAACAUAUCUUUUGGUCUGACUCUGGUGAACUGGUCUGCAUUGCCACUGAGGAAUCAUUUUUUAUCCUUAAGUAUCUGUCUGAAAAAGUUUUAGCUGCACAGGAAACACAUGAAGGUGUUACAGAAGAUGGCAUUGAAGAUGCCUUUGAGGUUCUCGGUGAGAUUCAAGAGAUUGUUAAAACAGGGCUAUGGGUAGGCGAUUGCUUUAUUUACACAAGUUCUGUAAACCGAUUAAACUAUUACGUUGGAGGAGAAAUAGUCACCAUUGCUCACUUGGACAGGACGAUGUACCUGCUUGGUUAUAUUCCUAAGGACAACAGACUUUAUCUGGGUGAUAAGGAGUUGAACAUUGUUAGUUACUCCUUGUUGGUGUCAGUGUUAGAAUACCAGACGGCUGUAAUGAGAAGAGACUUUAGCAUGGCUGACAAAGUCCUUCCCACCAUUCCAAAAGAACAGAGGACCAGAGUUGCCCACUUCCUGGAAAAACAGGGCUUCAAGCAGCAAGCUCUUGCAGUAUCCACAGAUCCUGAACAUCGAUUUGAAUUGGCUCUUCAGCUUGGAGAGUUAAAAAUUGCAUACCAGUUGGCAGUGGAAGCAGAGUCAGAACAGAAGUGGAAACAACUUGCUGAACUUGCUAUUAGUAAAUGCCAAUUUGGUUUAGCCCAGGAGUGUCUGCACCAUGCACAAGAUUAUGGGGGUUUGUUGCUUUUGGCCACCGCUUCAGGAAAUGCUAGCAUGGUGAAUAAACUAGCAGAGGGUGCUGAGAGAGAUGGCAAAAACAAUGUGGCAUUUAUGAGCUACUUUCUACAGGGAAAGCUUGAAUCUUGUCUGGAACUCUUGAUACGAACUGGACGUUUGCCUGAAGCUGCUUUCCUAGCUCGGACAUAUUUACCUAGCCAGGUUUCAAGGGUGGUCAAACUGUGGAGAGAGAAUCUUUCAAAAGUCAAUCAGAAAGCAGCUGAAUCCCUUGCUGAUCCUACAGAGUAUGAAAAUCUUUUCCCUGGAUUGAAAGAAGCUUUUAUUGUUGAAGAGUAUGUGAAGGAGACCCAUACAGCUCUGCGACCUGCCAAAGAAUAUCCACUUGUCACUCCAAAUGAAGAAAGAAAUGUGAUGGAAGAAGCUAAAGGCUUUCAACCAACAGGAAUUAUGACCCAGGAAUUUGAUGAAGAGGAACCAACUUCUCCUGCUCCAGUUAUAGUGAAUGCAUCUUCAGCAAGUUCAGAACCAGCUAUAGCUAUAAAAGAAGAGAAGAGUCUACUUGAAUUGGAUGAUUUGGAUAACUUGGAUCUAGAGGAUAUUGACACCACAGAUAUCAAUCUGGAUGAAGAUAUUUUGGAUGACUGAACAUUUUCAUUUCACUGACCAAACAAAUCAUAAAUAUGUAUAAUUUUCACUUUUAAUCUGGACCACAUUAUUUUGAACGAUAAAAAACCAGGUUAAUUUUAUACUUAAAAUCUGCUUUGGAUCCUUUGGAGCAGAAGUAUAUAAUAUUAAAUCAUUAUGUGUUCUUGGUUAAUUUUGUUAACUAGAAAAUGAACCAUGGCUCUAAUUUUUCAUAUUGUUAUUAGGCCAUAUAAAAUCUCUUCAACUAUUAGAGGUACUUCCAAAAAAUUUUUUUAUGUGUAACAUGAACUGGUGGUUUAAAUUAACACUGUGGUUACAUAGCUUUUUAUAAAAACCACAUGAAAAGUGACAGAGCAGUUGAGUACGUUUGAUCUGUUCUUCCAUAGAUUGACUAAAUUUUUUCUAUUUGAUUUAAUGUAAAAUUUAAAAUGAAUUAUGUAGGAGGUGAUGCCUUCUGUUACUAUGCCAGAAGUACACAUUUACAUUAUCAUUUAGGUAUAUCAUAUUUAUUCUUAGUUUGUCUGCAUAAUUGAGUUCCAUAUGCAUUUAAAUUACACUCUCAUCCUCUAACUCCCUUCCCCCCAUUGAACUAUAUGAAUAUUUCCCCGUAGCCACUAAAUCUACAUUCAUUUGACUUUUACCCUUUCCCUAAGAAUCUGUAUUGGAUUUCAGUUUACUAACUCAUAAAAUGGAUUGGUCAGGAUAAUCUCUAAAGUUGCUGUAAGUCUGAGUUCACAAUAUAAAAAAGUGUUUUGAGAUUAGCAUAGCUGCUUAGAAGAUUGCUAACAUGAAUUCUAGUGACAGUUCUACCACGAAGUGGCUCUGGGAGAACAGGCAAUUUAUGCCAGUUUGUGUUUGUUCUGUAAAAGGAGGGAAUUGUAUAAGAUUUCUAAAAACCCUUCUAUUUAUAAAUUGCUUGAUUCUAAAUGAAAUUUAUUCUUUUCCUUUGUUAUAUUCUGCUCUUUAAAAGAACUUUAAUUUUGUUGUAAAAGACAUACAUUUAUAUAGGACUUUAAGACUAACCCAAAGCUAGAUAAAUGUAGUAUUAUAUCACCUUUGAUUUGCCUUUUAACAAGGAUUAAUGCCUAAAGUUAAACUAAUUAAAAACAUUCAGACACCAUGAAACAAAUUAGGAGUUAUGGGGCAGGAAAAUCCUAUACAUAUAGGUGGUCACUGACAUGUAGCCUUUUAUGCAAGUUCUGGUUCUGACGAAUGAAAUGAAAGAGUUAAAGAGGAAACCCUUAUUGUUUCUCUGGGAACCAGGAAAUCUUGUUGUCAUCCUAGGGAUUAAAUAAUUAACAUGUCUUUAAGCUACUCCUAAGCAAGAAUGGAGUAGUGUUGGAAAAAUCAGAAAUGAGAAGCAUUCCCACUCCCCAUUAAUUCUAUAGCUACAUGGAAUCUAUCUUCCAAGAACCUUAAGUCCCUUUUACAUCUGUAUUUUCUAAGUCAAGAAGAUUCCUUAAGAAGAAAGUUAAGAACUUUUAGUUUUGUGAUUAGUUUUUGGAGAUACAUAAGGAAGAAUAGUCCAGUGGUCCAAAUUCACAAAGAGUGACUGAGCACAUACUUUCUUCACUCCCUUCUUUACCCCGGAGCAUAUUCUAUGAGAAUUUCAUUGGGAUUCUUCAGUGAUACUGGCUCAGUGAAGCUCAAUGGGAAAGACUUUAGUACUUACAGACUUAAAUAUACAUAAAUGUGGGGAAUGUUUGUAUGGAGGGUGGGGACAGGACUGCAAAUGGGUUUCCAUAAAACCCCUUUCCCCCAUCUACCCCAAGGUGUUGACUUAACAGGAGAAAUACAUGAGUAUGAUGGAUUGAGAGUUAAAAGCUUUGAAUUCUGGCUCUAAUUCUACCACUAAUUAGCUUGCUGCAAGCUGUUUUGCUUUAAUUUGUGGCUUGAUUUGUGGACUUGAAACAACAUAAAGCUAAUAAUAAGUCCUUCCAUGGGAAGGAAGCAUCAGUUAGAACUAUAGAGCUUUGGGAGGCUGGAUGUUUCCAGGGAUUAAAAAAAGUCUUAAUUCAAAAAAAAA